AUGCUCAAGACUGAGAUUGCCAGUCGCUUCUACCACUGGACGCUGAUCCCGAACAAACCGACAACGGACGCUGUUACUGAAGCAGUACCCUUCGUGACCGCCGACAAUAAACUCUGCGUGCUCGUCAACACCCGCAAGAGUGAUGGCAAGUAUGCUGCAUACUGCCUAAUCCCGGAUGCCAAGGGCUCUCUCGAGUGGAAAGCAGACUCUAGUGUCCGUGACGAUGCCACAUCAGUCGUCGUAGACCGCGCGCUCGGGAGUCGAUCAAAUGAGACGUCCUGGGGAUACUUCCAGACGGCGAAGGAUAAUGGAAAGUCUUACGUUCAGGUCACCACUACAACCCUCCUUGGCAGCAACAAAGCUGUAGCCAGCCGAAUUGCGACAGGAGAUUACUACGGCCUCUGCCAUGUUCGCCUCCCGACGAACAACACGAAACCCUUGUUGUUUGGCAUCGAUUCGAGUACAAAUGUCGCUACGUACUUCAAGGCUACCGUUGAUGCCAAUGGCAAGCGCACAACCAGCAAGGUUAACCUGUUUGGAUCCUCCCCGGUUACGAAGAUCGCUGCUUGUUUGAGAACGGGUGUCAAACCCAAUGGCGUAGCAACAGAAUGGGUUGAGGUCUUUGGAGUGGAUCAGAACAAGCGCCUCAUUCACACUGAGUCGGUUCCCGAUCCGGAUAAACCAGCCUUGACGCAAGAGAACAGUAGCGUCUACCUGCUCAGUACCGGGGAAUAUGCUGUCAAUGUAUGGAGUGAUAGCGCUGUGAUCACGACGAACGCCAGCGACGUGUCUCUUACCUCGGCUGGCGACGGUUAUGCGGCCAUGCUCGUGACCCAGACGGCCGACACUAAUAUCAACCUGCUGCACAUGACGCAGGACCCCGCAACGACACAGUGGCAUCAAGAUAUCCUGAGCACUCCUGCCACUUCUACUACGACGGCUGCGACCAAGAAGCAAGUGUACUAUGUCGAGAUCACUGCGUUUGAUGCAAAUGGAAUCCGAAUGCCCAACUUGCUCGCUACCAUCAAGUCUAUCCAGUACUGCAAUGCCAACAUUAACGGCAUCUCUACAUCCAUCGAUGCUCAGCGUGCUUUCACCGCUGUAACCAACUCAAGCGGCAAAAUCUGCAUCACGGUCGAUGCUGCAGAGAGUCUGUCUGCUCCUACGUUAACUAUCUCUGUCGAAGGCAUGGAUCCGAAGGACGUCAUUGAUGUCCAUCCGUCAGGCGCGAUCCAGAAGAUAUUGAAGGAGAUCACUGCUGAUGGCCUCAAAUCCGCCAAGGAUAAGACAGAUGACACGAAUGUCUUUGACAAGAAAGUCACCGACGACCAGCUCAAGGAAAUCGCAAAGGCUCUCAAUACGCUCAUGGAGAUUACCGAUCCCCGGUCGACGGGUAAAGCGCCUUCCGGCAACACAUCAUCCGGGACGAGCCCGUCCUAUCUCCCCAAGAACGCUGGAACGUCGCAAGGUGGUGUGGAG